CGAGGAGACUGGCUUACCUAAUCAGCCCUUGUUCGAUUUUUUCGAGCCUUGCUUGUCGUCACAGUGCGCCCGCCCUCGUUUUCCAACUUCUUCCUCUCUCUCCUCUUUCAGAAACGAGACGACGCCGACGAGGAGGAAGGCAGGCCCACCAUGACGACGGUGCAAAAGAUCAAGGAGAUCGAGGAUGAGAUCGCCAAGACGCAAAAGAACAAGGCCACGUCCUACCACUUGGGCCAGCUGCGGUCGAAGCUGGCCAAGCUCCAGCGCGAGCUCAUCUCGCCCUCGACGUCGGGCGGUAGCGGGCCGGGACAGGGCUUCGAUGUGGCACGGACGGGCAUUGCGAGUGUAGGCUUCAUUGGGUUUCCCAGUGUGGGAAAGAGUACAUUAAUGUCGGGCUUGACAGGGACGACGUCCGAGGCGGCCGCAUACGAGUUCACGACGCUCACGACGGUGCCCGGUACACUGGAUAUCCACGGCGCCAAGUUGCAGAUUCUUGACUUGCCCGGUAUCAUUGAAGGCGCAAAGGACGGCAAGGGUCGAGGUCGGCAGGUGAUUGCGGUGGCGCGAACAUGCAACCUCAUCUUUAUGGUCCUCGACGUGUGCAAGCCGCUGGCCGACAAGGCCAAGCUGGAAAAGGAACUCGAGGGCGUGGGGAUCCGGCUCAACAAGACGCCACCCAACAUUGUCGUACGCAAGAAGGACAAGGGCGGCGUCACCGUGACCAACACGGUGCCGCUCAACAACAUCGACAACGACGUCGUGCGGGCGGUGUGCAACGAGUACAAGAUCUCGAAUGCUGAUGUGGCCUUCCGGUGCGAUGCCACCGUCGAGGACCUCAUCGACGUCAUCGAGGGCAACCGCAUCUACAUUCCCUGCAUCUACGUCCUCAACAAGAUCGACGCAAUUUCCAUCGAAGAGCUGGACCUGCUGUACAAGAUCCCCAUGUCGGUGCCCAUCAGCUCCAAGAUGUGGCUCAACAUCGACGAGCUGACGGAGAAGAUGUGGGAGGAGCUGAGGCUCGUGCGCGUCUACACCAAGCCUCACAAGGCACCGCCGGACUACAGCCAGCCGGUGGUGCUGAGGCAGGGCAGGAGCUCGGUGCUCGACUUUGCCAACGCCAUCCACAAGGAUAUUGCAAAGCAGUUCAAGAUUGCCAUGGUCUAUGGUGCCUCGGCAAAGCACCCGCGAGGACAGCGUGUCGGCCUCGAUCACGUCCUCAUGGAUGAAGACGUCGUCACUCUCUUCAAGCGCUGAAGCCUGUGUCUCUCGUCGCAAAAUAUAUUUCGGCAGC